GCAACGAAGGAGGUUACCGAAACUGGCAAUUAGGUCGACGGGAGAAGCAAGGGAAGGAUGAAGGAAGACAUUGUAAGCUCGAAGCAGAACAUUUCUAAUGCCAAUGAUCCAUCACUACCCAAACCACCCUCGUCUCCUCCAACUCCUGCUGCCAGUUCUGUGGGCGCUUCGUCACCUGCUGCCCAAGCGAAUGAUGGUUCAUUCCCACAACGGACUGCUUUGAAUGGAUGGUCAAAUAUCUCAUGCAGGCCUUGGGAGAGAAGGGAUUUACUCAGGCGUCUUUCUUCCUUUAAGCUUACUGGCAAGGCUAAGGUUGCAGGAUCAUUGGCUUGUGCCAAGAGAGGCUGGGUGAAUAGUGAUGUUAAUAAGAUUGAGUGUGAGAUAUGUGGUGCGACAUUAGAUUUUACCUCAUCAGCUUCUGCUAUUAAUUUUGCUGAGGCUUCCAGUGAAGAAUUUUCUGAAGGGCUUGAUAGAGGACACAAUGUCACUUGUCCUUGGAGAGGCAACAGCUGUCCAGAAAGCCUGGUGCAUUUCCCUCCUACAUCACCUUCAGCUCUAAUUGGAGGUUUUAAGGAUCGGUGUGAUGCACUCUUGCAGUUCUACUCCCUCCCUGUUGUAUCUUCAUCUGCAGUUGAGCAGAUACGGCUUACACAUGGCCCUCAAAUUGAUUGCUUUCUUGCUCAAUUGCAAAUUCAGGCAGCUGGAGAUAUGGGCUCUAUUGGUUAUUCUGGAGAACAGAGUCUUCAUUCAUAUUCUUAUGCACAAAAGCUCAUAAGUCUCUGUGGAUGGGAGGCGAGGUGGCUUCCUAAUGUGCUUGACUGUGAAGAACAGUCUGCUGAAUCUGCCAAAAACGAUUACUGUUCUGAUCCAGCCAAAGGAUCUGCACAAUAUCCCACACCAAGCAGAAAGGAAUUUUCAGCAACAUCCAGGAAAGAUACGGGGGGCAAUGAAGUACUGGGUUCAGAAUUUAAUAGUGAGUCUAGGACACCUUUGCUAGAUUGUAGCUUGUGUGGGACCACAGUUAGAGUUUGGGAUUUUUUAACUGUUCCCUGUCCAGUUCAUCUUGCUCCCUGUAGUGCUGAUACCCCUCAACUGAGCAAAAAAAUGACAUCAACCCGUGGAUUGAGUGCAGCUAGUGGAAUCAAUGAAUGGGUUGCUGCUGAUGGUGUUGAAAAAGAGUGUAGUGAUGACCAUGACGAGGCCGCUACACCUGAUAAGAGACAACUUGUAUCCAAUAAAAGUCUAGAUGCAAAUCUGAAAGUGACCGAUGGGCUAUCUUGUUCCCAGGUGAACAUAAAUUUGGCGUCAGAUCAAGUGCCUGGUGCUGGUGAAGGAAGGUUUUCGAUGGUUAGGAGACCUUCUGGAAGUGAGGUUGGUGACCGGGCAGCUUCUUAUGAAUCACAAGGCCCAAAUACACGUAAACGUCAUCUAGAUGACGGUGGAAGUACAGUUGACAGACCACGUCCACACUGGCAGCAGGCAAACAGUGCUGAAGGCAUUAGUGUUGAUUGUGGUAAUAAUGAAGUCACCGGUGAUCAACAGUAUUCAGCAGGCCCUUGCAAGCGUGCCCGAGAUCCUAGUCUUUCAGAGAAAAUCCAAUUGUCAUGUAGGAGAGAUUCUUUUGGUGCAGUACCUAGCCAUUCAUUGGAUACCCAAAUAGAAGCAGAUGCAAGCACAGGUAAUCGAUUUCACCCAGAUAGGGAUAAUGUUGGCAUCCCAUGUACCAGGGAAUCCACACAUGCAUCUUCUAUUAUUGCAAUGGAUACUGUUUAUCACAAUUCAGAUGAUGAAUCAAUGGAAAGUGUUGAAAAUGUUCCUCUAGAUGUUAAUGAUGUCAGUUUCAACUCUGCUGGAUUGAAUGAAACUUCAGAAUUAAAUAGCAGCUACCAGGCCCAGAAUAGUGCCUGGUCCCAACCAGUAUUGGAAAGAGCAGGAGCUGAUGCAGGUGUUAGCAGUUCAAAUGCCUGUGGGGAAGUUUUGAACACGGACACAUUGACUACACCUGCUAGGGAUGGGCCUAGUUUUGGUAUUAGUGGGGGAAGUGUUGGCAUGGGCGCUAGCCAUGAAGCAGAAAUUCAUGGGACUGAUAUUUCAGUCCAUCGAGGUGAUAGUUUGGGUGAUGUCGAGCUAGAAGCUGAAGGAAUUGAGCAUCAGGGUCAGGCUGGUGAAUAUUUGCCUCAUGGACAAACUGGUGACUUUGUGCCUGAAGAAAUGAGUCAAGAAGAUCGUCAAGGGGAUAGUCAAGCAGUGGUGUCUCAAUCUACUGCGAGGACCGACAGUGGCUCAAAAUUUGUUUCAACUAAGGUUGAAUCUGUUGAAAGUGGUGAGAAGACUUGCAGUAGCAUGCAGGUGUUGGGUAAUGAAAAUGGUGCCCAUCCAUCUCUUUCUUGCAAUGCUAUUGUUUGUUCUGCCUAUGAAGCAUCGAAAGAAGAAGUUACUCAGACUGGGAAGGCAUCUCAUAUUGAUGACAAUGCAUGUGUUGAAUCAGGCUGUUUAGUUGCGGAUGAUAUGGGGACUCCUUAUAGGGACAAGAUUACUGGAGGAGUGGAGUUUGAUCCAAUUAAACAACACGAUGAAUAUUGUCCUUGGGUGAACAGGGACGUUGCAGCUGCAGGUUGUGCUGGUCCUAGCUCCUUUUCUGGCGUGGAUGCUGCAGCUCUUUGUGGGUGGCAGCUGACUUUGGAUGCCUUGGAUUCUUUCCUGUCUCUUGGACAUGUUCCAGUGCAAACUGUGGAGUCUGAGUCAGCAGCAUCUUUAUGCAAGAUUUAAUUCAAUUCAAGAUUGGGUUUGGGUAUUUUAAACGGUCAUAUCAAGUAAGAGCAAGUGACAAGAACAAUGGAAGACGGACAUUAGGAUGCGAGAAUUUGUGAAAGCAGUUGAAAGUUAAACUGCUAUUACUUGUCUGAAUCUGAUUAUACUAGGACUUCUUAUUUUUAGAAUGACGUUCCAGUCAAGAUGUCAAAGAUGUAGGAUUAGUUAUUUGAAUAUAUACACUUAAAUUCUCUGUCAAUCCUGUCUUUGAUGAGCUGUGAACAUCCUUCCGAAAUCUAGAAUGUCGAGAGCUCAUUUUUUAGCAGAGGAUAGGGAAGAGCCUGUACUAGGCAUAUACAUGUAAGGUGUGUAGCACCAUCCAGUGUCUUCACAAGCAAUUUCUGGUAUGCCAUUUUCAAAUAUGUAAUCAGCUUACAGUAAGAUGCGGUGAUUAGCACAUGAUGGGGCCCUUGAGAGCAUAAAAUUUGACGUUGCAAUCUCUUUGGAUGCAUAAAGAUCUCUCAUUUUCAUCCUUAUGGAAGAACAUUUUAUUGA